AUGGUAUGAUUGAGAUAAGAAUAAUUCUAUGUGCUCAUUUUAUAUUAUAAAAUCCUGAACACCUUCAAGGUUCAUUUUUCUCCAAUCAUAGAAGCAAAAUAUUGCAAAGCUUAUAUUUGUAGAAACCCUUUGAAUUUUAAGAAGUAGAGAUAGAGAGUGUAGAAGAUUGAAGUGACUUGUGCAAAGUUUUGUCACUAUGGCAUACAAAUCCCUAUCUUCUAUCUCUGUGUCGGACAUUGAAUCCCUUGGAAUUGAGCAAGAACACGCUGCUACUCUUCACCAACAACUCACAGAGAUAAUUGGAAUUCAUCAAACUGACUCACCUGCCACGUGGCAGAGCAUCUCCAGAAGCAUCCUCAACCCUGAACUCCCUUUCUCGUUCCAUCAGAUGUUGUACUAUGGUUGCUUCGUGGAUUAUGGUCCUGACCCACCCGCUUGGAUACCCGACCCGGAAAGUGUUACUUCAACAAACGUUGGUCGGUUGCUGGAGAUGAGGGGUAAAGAGUUUCUGGGUUCAGCGUAUAAGGAUCCAAUUACAAGCUUUGCUGAUUUCCAGAAAUUUUCAGUCUCAAACCCUGAGGUUUAUUGGAAAACUGUGCUGGGUGAAAUGAACAUAUCGUUUUCUAAACCACCGGAAUGCAUCUUAUGCGAAAGCAUCAGUGAUGAUGGUUCAUCGUCAUACCCAAGUGGUCAAUGGCUUCCUGGAGCAUCUAUCAAUCCUGCACAUAAUUGCUUGAAUUUAAAUGGUGAAAGAAGUUUGAAUGACACGGUGAUAUUAUGGCGCAAUGAACUACAGGAUGAUCUCCCUCUACAAAGGAUGACACUCGAGGAAUUGCGUCAAGAGGUUUGGUUAGUUGCUUAUGCUCUUGAAUCACUGGGUCUGGAGAAAGGAUCUGCAAUUGCGAUUGAUAUGCCAAUGCAUUGUAAAUCUGUGGUCAUCUAUCUAGCUAUUGUUCUUGCAGGUUAUGUUGUUGUAUCCAUAGCUGAUAGUUUUGCACCACGUGAAAUAUCAUCCAGGCUUAAAAUAUCAAAUGCAAAAGUCAUAUUUACUCAGGAUCUCAUACUUCGUGGUGAUAAAACCCUUCCUCUUUACAGUAGAAUUGUGGAUGCCGAGUCACCUAUGGCAAUAGUUAUCCCAACUAGAGGCUCUGAAUUUAGCAUGAAACUGCGUGAUGGUGACCUUGCUUGGUGUAAUUUCAUGGAUGGAGUCAAUAAAAUCAAAGGCAAGGAAUUCAUAGCUGUGGAAGAACCGGUAGAAACAUUUACAAACAUUCUCUUUUCUUCUGGAACAACAGGUGAUCCAAAGGCAAUUCCAUGGACCAAUAUUUCUCCUCUUAAAGCUGCUGCAGAUGCAUGGUGCCACUUGGAUGUUCGUAAAGGUGACGUAGUUUCAUGGCCCACUAAUCUUGGAUGGAUGAUGGGGCCAUGGCUGGUAUAUGCGUCAUUGCUAAAUGGAGCUUCAAUGGCUUUGUAUAAUGGAUCCCCACUUGGGUCUGGCUUUGCCAAGUUUGUACAGGAUUCUAAAGUAACAAUGCUUGGUGUGAUUCCAAGUCUUGUACGGAGCUGGAGAAAUGCAAAUUCCACAUCCGGCUUUGAUUGGUCUGCCAUUCGUUGCUUUGCAUCCACUGGAGAAGCCUCUAACAUAGAUGAAUACCUUUGGCUGAUGGGAAGGGCUCAUUACAAGCCUAUCAUUGAAUAUUGUGGUGGUACAGAGAUUGGGGGUGGAUUCGUCACUGGAUCUUUACUGCAGGCUCAGUCCUUGGCUGCUUUUAGCACACCAGCUAUGUGCUGCAGUUUGUUUAUUCUUGAUGACCAGGGGCAUCCUAUUCCACAAAAUGUUCCAGGCAUGGGUGAAUUAGCUCUUGGCCCCCUUAUGCUUGGGGCAUCAAAUACAUUGCUGAAUGCUGAUCAUUAUGGUGUCUAUUUCAAGGGAAUGCCUAUUUGGAAUGGAAAGGUUUUACGGAGGCAUGGAGAUGUAUUUGAGCGUACUGCUAGAGGAUACUAUCAUGCGCAUGGUCGUGCAGAUGAUACAAUGAAUCUUGGGGGAAUCAAGGUGAGUUCAGUUGAGAUUGAACGCAUAUGCAAUGGAGCAGAUAGUAAUAUCCUGGAAACAGCUGCAAUAGGGAUACCACCUUCUGGUGGUGGGCCUGAGCAAUUGGCUUUAGCUGUUGUACUUAAGAAUUCGAACGUCACAUCACAAGAUUUACUUACACUGAGGAUGUCUUUUAAUUCAGCUCUCCAAAAAACACUAAAUCCAUUAUUCAGGGUCUCUCAAGUAGUACCAGUGCCAUCACUUCCAAGGACUGCAUCAAACAAGGUUAUGAGAAGGGUUUUGCGUCAGCAACUUGUAGAAAAUACCCAAAGUUCUAGAAUCUAAAAUAAAAUUUAAUUGGAAAAUUGUGUUCUAUUAGCAGUCUGUUACAUUGAAAGUAGUUGCUUAAGUUGUUAAUUUGUUACAGUUACAUUACAUUACAAAAUAAUGGGUAUAAUAAAACUUUGGCUAUAAGUUUAUUAAUAUAAGUUCUGUAGCUUAAUUCAGACCUAACCAUAAAUCGAAAAGAUCGCUUUCGUUA